UGUUGCGAUUGUUUUUGUUAUUUUCUUUGUUGUUCGAAUAUCUUUUUUCUCACUUUUGAAUCUUUUCUUUUUUUUAUGUUGAUGUGUUUAUCUUCACCUGUAGGUGUCUUUGCGUGCACAACUCAAGAUUUGUUCACGUAAAAAUAAACUAAUACGUCGUCCAAGCGAAACAGAAUACAUUAGGUAAACAAAAUCUAAGUCCAUCAUUGUCGAUUCGAUAAUUAAAGUGUUCCUUGUAACAAAGUUUUUAAAUUUGAUUUUUCUGUUCCAAACAAAAUAAGCUUGAAUUUUUGAAUUUGAUUUUCGAAUCAGCUCACUUGAGUGAUUGAUUUCACAAAGUAAAUGGAUGAAGAAAUUGAACAACGCCUUCGCAGUCUAAAUGAAACUGUAAAUGAAUUGGCUCGUAAAAAUAAAUCCAAAGAAUUGCAGAAAGAAAUCGAAUUACGAUUAGCUAAACUCAAUGAACGUGAUCCCAAUUUUUAUUCGGCACAAGAGCCUCCUGUCAAAUUGUUAUCGAUAAAGAAAAAUCGAACAGCUGUCGAAGAGGCUGAUGAUUUAUUGCAACAAUUCAUGCAUGAAGUUUCGCUUGAUGAAAAAAGCAAAUCAUCGAUUAUCUCCGAUGAAGAAUUGAAAAAAUUGGCCAAGGGACAACCAGAAUUAACCCUCAACAAGAAUCGAAAAAACCCCAUGCUUAAAAAAUUUAAACAAACAGGUAACCUUAUCCAUCAACUUAUGAUGCGUCGAAGCCUUGAAAUUCGAGAACGAAGUCUUGAUGAUGGUAAUGAUGAUGAAAUUCCCGAUGUUAUAGCCGACGAUGAUGAACCAUUGGAUGAAGGGAUCAACGAUGAUGUUGAUUGGUGUACUACCUGUAAUGAGGACGGAGUUUUACGCUGUAUCGAUUGUGAUAUGGACAUUUAUUGUCUUGAUUGUUUUCGGGAACUUCAUCAUGAUCACGAUAUGCGUGACCAUCGAACGCAACCUUAUAAAUCAUCACAAUCAGAUCGUUGUCAAAAAGCAUCAUAAGAAAAUGUCAUUUUCUUUUUUCUUCGUUUUCAAUGUAUUGGAUCAAUCAAAAUCU